AGUCCUUUAUGUAGGCCUGGACCAUAAACAUAAUUUAUGGCAUUUUUCACUUUAAAAAUCGAAAAUUUUUUUUUUUUUAAAGAGUAAGGAAGUUUGUGAUUUAUGCAAGCUGGUAGCCAAAACCAAUGGUUCAGCUUGUUUUUGGGUACACUUGUGGGCCCAAUUGGUUUCCUACAUGCAGAUGCGAUUGGACCCUACAUUUUCUUUCUCAACUGCGAUGGACCAUUUUAUCCUCAACAGGCUUCUGGCACUGGAAAUUCAGCUUCUCAGGGACAGAAACAAGGCAACCAUGCAAUGUAUGGUGCUACACAAGGCAGUCUUCAUCCUCAAGAAUGUGCUCCAAGGUGUACUGUUAGAUGCUCAGCUACAGCAUAUAAGAAGCCGUGCAUGUUCUUCUGUCAAAAAUGCUGUGCUAAAUGCCUGUGUGUGCCUCCUGGAACAUAUGGAAACAAGCAGUAUUGCCCUUGCUAUAACAACUGGAAGACCAAGAGAGGAGGGCCUAAAUGCCCAUGAUUUUUAAUAUUUAUUUCUAUGCUGCUACGUUGCCUGUAGUAAUCAUAAUUCACCUUCCAUUUAACUCCUAUAUGCUCUAUUGAUUUGUACUUUUUGAAUGCGAAUUAAGGAUCAAGAUUAUG